AUGACUUACUCAUCUAGCGGACCUUCACUCGCUCAGGCCCCUGAUGUCGAUCCGCCUUUGUCUUCCUCCGACUCGUCAUCGUCUUCGUCUUCAUCUUCCAACUCUCACUCUCAUUCUCACUCGAACUCAGACUCCCCCCACGCUCGUUCCGGCAGCGGCAAGCGCCACGCUCAUCUGCAUCGCCACGACUACCGCGACGUCGACGUCGACGCCAACCAGGACCAUCACCAAGGCCCAAGUGAGGAUCAAGACGACUCUGAACGAAGCAUCGAUACUGUCUCUCGCCUGCGUCACUCCCACCGCCGCCUCCAGUACCGUGACGCCCAGACCGCCCCCCUCAAGCUCGAGAUUCGCGACGACACUGCCACUGGAUACGUCACACAGGUUGUCCAGACUGUCUCCGUCGUCCAGGUCGUCGAUUCCGUUGGCUCCCCUAUCGCGGUUCAGACUCUCUACGGCGACACCAACACCAUCGUUGUUGAUUCGGCUUCGGGUAGCACCGUCUCCGCGUCCAACCCGGAUUCGUCCACUCAGGCGGCCCCAGCCUCGAACGCGGCUUCCACCGAUAAUGUUGUGCAGUCCUCGGACGAUAUGACCCCGCCAGAGGCAACCACCACUCCCGCCGCGGAUGCCACUACUUCCAAUGCUGGCUCCGCGGUCUACUUGGUUCCUACGGUCUCUUCCUCUGACCUCCUCUCUGCGACCUACUCGCUUUCUCUGGACACUCAGAAUUCGGCGCAGACGCCCGGUGCUUCAAUCGGCACUGGUAUUAAUGGAGCCUUAAACGGCACAAACUCUACACCAACAGCUGGUCUGAGCUCCACCUCAAGUCAAACCACUCUCACAGGGACCAACUUAUACACAACACCUGGAGCCAGCUCCCAUUCCACUCCUGAUGCCACCGCCUCCGAUUCGACCACGUUCUCGGUGUUGAAAAACAUUCUGUCAACAUCUAGCACGCGCUCUUUGACUUCUUCUUCCAUUUCCUCGUUCACUUCUUCCGCAACUACAGAAACCACUGACACUACUGAUCUCUCCUCGACUAUUCUUUCGUCUACAAUCUACUCUUACUCGACUGAGACCUGGACUUCCACGCUGUACGCCGACGGAGGCGGCAGCGGUGGUGGAGACGCCACAGCCGCCAGCCAACCUGCCGACUCGACGACUACUUCCAGCGCAGACGGGUCAUCGGGUGGAACUCUCUCGACGACCCAGAAGCAGGUUCUUGGCGGUGUUAUGGGAAGCAUUGCUGGUGUCGCUGUACUGGCUCUUCUGGUCAUGCUCGCCCUCAAGUACAAGAAGAGACAGGGCAACCAAUCAUUGCUGGGAAACAGCCCGCCGAGAUCGAACGUCAAGGGUCUCAUCACUGGCGGUGACUCUGGGAACGGAAGCGGUGGAGCUAUGGCAGAGCGCACAGGGCCUUUCGCUGUCGCCGCCGCCUUGGCAGGUUUGACAGGCAAAAGAAACCAAACACCACCGGAGCCAGCGCCGAGUGGUGAGCGGGGAUUCUACCGAGUGUCCGGCAAGAAGUUGCACUCGGUUCUCCAGACGGGUGGUGAUGGAUACUCGGAUCCUCGUGACCGUGACAGCGUUGCUAGCGGUCACACCGACUACUGGAGAGGUUCACAGGCGUUUAACCCCUCUGAAGGAGGCUCAACACGACUUGCUUUGGGAUCCCCAAUGCGACCUGUUAGCGGCGUGCCGGUUAUUCGAACAGGCCCGGCGCGCACUCCAAUCAAAGAAGAGAACCCAUUCUCUGAUCCAAUUUCACGACCACGCCCAGACUCAGACGCGCUCGGAGAUUCAAUCGGGGGCGGGUCGAUAACAUCUCAGGACGGAUCGUGGGGUUCACCAUCACGGUUCCAGGAAAGGAUCUAA